CACCGGCUCGGCCCGCCCCGCCCGCCCCGGAGUGACAUCCGCGCGCGCCCGGCCCCGGCGCUGACUCCGAGCGAGACCGACUCCGCCCCGGCCCGAGGAACCCGCGCUCCCGCCCCGUCUCCCCUCGCGCCGCAGGACUGGUCUCAGGCUAAGAAAUGGCAUUUAAGAAGGCAGUAAAAGGGACAAUUCUUGCUGGAGGAGGUGCUCUUGCAACUAUUCUAGGCCUCUCUCAGUUUGCCCAUUACAGAAGGAAGCAAAUGACCCUGGCCUAUGUUAAAGCAGCCGAGAACGUUUCAGAACCAGUGAACAAGGAUCCUCCUUCCCGAGAAGCUCAGAUACUGACUUUGAGAAACACGCCUGAAUUCGAUGUCCUUGUCAUUGGAGGAGGAGCGACAGGGUGUGGCUGUGCACUAGAUGCUGUCACCAGAGGACUAAAAACAGCCCUUGUAGAAAGAGAUGAUUUCUCAUCGGGGACCAGCAGCAGAAGCACUAAAUUGAUCCAUGGUGGUGUGAGAUAUCUUCAGAAGGCUAUCAUGAAGUUGGAUAUUGAGCAGUAUAGGAUGGUAAAAGAAGCCCUUCACGAGCGCGCCAACCUACUAGAAAUUGCUCCCCAUUUAUCAGCUCCGUUGCCUAUAAUGCUUCCCGUUUACAAGUGGUGGCAGUUACCUUACUACUGGGUAGGAAUCAAAAUGUACGACCUGGUGGCAGGAAGUAACUGCCUGAAAAGCAGUUACAUCCUCAGCAAAUCGAGAGCCCUGGAGCAUUUCCCAAUGCUUCAGAAGGACAGGCUGGUAGGAGCAAUUGUCUACUAUGAUGGACAACACAACGACGCACGGAUGAACCUUGCCAUUGCUCUCACUGCUGCCAGGUAUGGGGCUGCCACAGCCAAUUACAUGGAGGUCCUGAGCUUGCUGAAGAAGACAGACCCCCAAACAGGGAAAGAGCGCGUGAGCGGCGCGCGGUGCAAGGACAUACUCACAGGACAGGAAUUUGAUGUGAGAGCCAAAUGUGUUAUCAAUGCCACGGGACCUUUCACAGACGCCGUGCGCCAAAUGGAUGAUAAGGACGCCGCAACUAUCUGCCAGCCGAGUGCUGGGGUCCACAUUGUGAUGCCUGGUUACUACAGCCCAGAGAGCAUGGGACUUCUUGACCCAGCAACCAGUGAUGGGCGAGUUAUUUUCUUCUUACCGUGGCAAAAGAUGACUAUAGCUGGCACUACCGACACUCCAACCAAUAUUACACACCAUCCUAUUCCUUCGGAAGAAGACAUCAACUUCAUUUUGAACGAAGUGCGUAAUUACCUGAGUCAUGAUGUUGAAGUGAGGAGAGGGGAUGUCCUGGCAGCGUGGAGUGGUAUUCGUCCCCUUGUGACAGAUCCUAAGUCUGCAAACACUCAGUCCAUCUCCCGGAAUCAUGUUGUGGAUAUCAGCGAGAGCGGCCUCAUCACGAUAGCAGGGGGAAAGUGGACAACCUAUCGCUCUAUGGCAGAAGAUACCAUAAAUGCUGCUAUCAAGGCUCAUAAUUUGAAAGCAGGACCAAGUAGAACAGUUGGGCUUUUUCUUCAAGGGGGCAAGGAUUGGAGCCCCACACUGUACAUCAGGCUUGUCCAGGAUUAUGGACUUGAAAGUGAGGUGGCACAGCAUCUUGCCUCCACCUAUGGGGACAAGGCCUUUGAGGUGGCCAAAAUGGCAAGUGUGACUGGAAAAAGGUGGCCCAUUGUUGGAGUGCGUCUGGUGUCAGAAUUUCCAUACAUCGAAGCAGAGGUGAAAUAUGGGAUUAAGGAGUAUGCCUGCACUGCAGUGGAUAUGAUUUCACGUCGCACUCGCCUGGCUUUUCUAAAUGUCCAGGCAGCAGAGGAAGCCCUACCCAGGAUUGUUGAGCUGAUGGGCAGAGAACUGAAUUGGAACGAUGCUAAAAAACAGGAAGAACUUGAAACAGCUAAGAAGUUUCUGUAUUUCGAAAUGGGUUAUAAAUCUCGAUCAGAACAGUUAACACAUCACUCUGAAAUUACCCUGCUGCCUUCAGACGUUGACAGGUACAAGAAGAGAUUUCAUAAGUUUGAUACAGACCAAAAGGGCUUUAUUACCACUGUUGAUGUUCAGCGUGUAUUAGAGAGUAUCAAUAUCCAAAUGGAUGAAAACACACUACAUGAAAUUCUGAAUGAAGUAGAUUUGAACAAAAAUGGACAAGUUGAACUCGAUGAAUUUUUGCAGAGGAACUGCGAUGGCUUUUGAUGGAGCACUCAAUGACCUCUGCCUACAGCAAAGGUGACCAUUCAGACGCCGCCGCGAGGAAGGGAGUGAGUCAGCUGCCUUCUGAAUCUGUUGCUUGUUUUCUCUUUAAGCUGAUGAGUGCUAUUCAGAAAGGAAGGGUGUCUGGGAGCCGGCUGGCGAUCCUACUGAAAACGGCGGAAGAGAACCUGGAAGGAAGGGUUCCCAUUCCGGUGGACAGAAGUUGUGGAGGAUUGUGAGUGUGAGCAGUGACUCCUCGGCCAACGCACAUAGGAACAACAAAUCGUCAUGUAACAACAGUUACGAAAUACAACACUCCAAAAUAGUGGAUAUGGAUAGCUGCUUUUUUUAUUUUAAACACUGGGAAACAUUCCAAAACUUUAGGAUGUUGAUGUAUACCCCCUCUUUGUAUUUGCCACUCACUCUCGCUUCUAAAAAGUGUAUUUUAUCCCUUUUCCUCAUUUUCGAUGCACCCUGCCUUAAUGUUUUGUAUCCAUUUUGUGACCGAUUAGACUGGACAUGCUCUCUUUUUGUGUAUUUGUUCAUUUAUUCUAAUUCAUUUCUAGAGGCAGAAUGCUUUGGCUGAAAUCGAAAAAAAGGAGCUGGAAGAAUUUUGUAACAUACCCAAAGCUCUGGACGUUAAGCUUGUAGAUAGUAUUUGUUCUUAAAAGAAAUGGAGCUGAGAGUGGCCUCUUAAGAGAAGACCUCUCAGCCACUCCUUCCUCCAGCUUGUCUGCCUUCCCUCUCCAAACCGUCGCACAAUUUUCUAUGUAGAGCAUGACUGGCAAAGCUGGAGAGGGAAGGAAACAUUUAGAUCUGGUUACAGGAGCAAGUCUGAAAGAGAAACUCCGAAAGCUUCCAGAAUCACAGGUAUAAGAUAAGGAUAGCAUUGACAUUUCUGGGAGUUACAGUGAUAGUUUCAUCUCAGCAAUUCGUUGUGGUUUUUUUUUCCCUCCCUCAGUCACUGCUGGUUUUUCUUUGACUAUUAUAGUUGCCAGGAAGAUUCUUGCUGUUUUAACUUGAAAACCGGCAUUUCAGUGGUAAGUUAGAUGUAAUGGGAUGAGACUGAAUUUCUCAAAUCUUUACAGGAGUAAUUAAUACAUUUAAGGGUUAAAAACCUGUGUUUAUUAAAGAUCCACAUAUGAUAGCACAAUUUUUAAUCCCCAAAUCCUAAACGUUAGAGCAUGUGAUAUUGUCAGAGCUGACCUGUUUUGCUUGGUUUACUGCAUCCUUUUGGGGGAGUAUUUGUAAACAGACUGCAAUGAGGAUAGAAAUAACCCUUCAGUAACUUUAUAAUUAUCUGUAAAAAGGCACAGCACUCAAGGUCCUUUAGGUUACCUAAAGCCUCUCAGUCUGUACUCAGUGGAAAAGUUCUUAAUCAACCAAAAAGAAACAGAAAAAUAUAAAACCACACAAACAUACACUCACACACAUUCCCCCAGCACACAUACACACACAGAGAGACACAAAACAAACAAAAAUCCAAUCUGUAUUUCAUUUCACAAAUAAUGAAUUGAAUUUAAAGGUCUAUUUUGGUAUGCUUUUGCAAUAUUUUGUUGGCAUUUUAGCCAGUCACCUGAAUAUUUAUUUUUUGUGCUUCUUCUUGUGAAGUUAACUACCUAUUUUUGUGUCUCCAGAUCAGGUUGUGUAUGUGAAAUCUAACCCUUUAUUUAAUGUCAGGUUUUCACUGCACACUCUUAAAGUCUUAGUUUUUUAAACUGGUACAUGAAACAUUUUUGUGCUGUUAUUUCUGUUUAUGUCAAUAUUGUAGCCUAUCUUUAUGCCUCAUUCGAGUGGGGCAUGAGCCUGGAUGUUAUAGUAUAAACACUGGAAAUUCACUCACGUAAGCACCCAUCCUCACUUCUGAAACAGUUAAGGUAGCAUCUUCACUCCUUUUGCUUUUAAAGGAUGUUUUAGACUUGCCACUUCGAAAGGAAAACCUAAAACAGAGCAAGGGGUGCUCCGAAGUACCACUGUGAAGUUUUUCUUUCAAGGUGUGAUUUUUUUUAUACUGGCUAUUUUAUUUUUUUAAAUAAUGGAAGCUUGUGGCUUUGUAAUUUAGUAUUUUUCUAUCAGGACGAUACAUUUCACUGUUUGGAAUCCAGUGACACUUAACAGACAGAAGAGCUGUCCUUUCAACCAUUACAGAUGAUGUGCCACAAUACUGUACACUUGUGUUCUCUGUCUUUCUCUUUUUCUAGUUAGAGAUGAUAAGGAUGACUUGUAUCCUCCCUGAAUCCAUUACAGUAGGGACCCAGCUUAAGACCUGACUAGCCUGGGCAAAGCUGUGUUUGUAACACAGGCCUUGUUUGUGCACACUUUGCUAUGAGUGAAGUUCCUUUAAGGACAAAGAAAAGCACACUUUUCUUCUUUUGAGCAUAUUUGCUUUUGCUUAAAAUCUGCUAAUUCUAAAACAUACGCUCCUUCAUCGAUCCCAGAGACUCAUCUUGGAAACGAGCUGGCUCCAAGUCUUUACUGUGAAUAAAGCACCCCCACAUUUGGGUGUAAGCUCUUAAUUAAACCUGCACAGCUUCUUCACCUGAUUUCAGAAACGAAGCAAGAAAUAGGGGGAUAAGCCCCUGCAAAACCUACUCCGAGUGCAAAAGAAUGUUUUGCCCUUUUCCUAUAAAUGUGAUGUAGAUGAUGCUGUGGGGGCGGGGGUGGGGUGUGCAGGGAUUGUCUUUUAUCAAUCAAGUGAUUUCUUUCAAGAGCCUUUAAGGGGGUUCAGGUGAAGGAAACCCCAUCUGUGGUGGAGACCUGGAUGUUCCUUUAAACAGCUCGACCACAGUCAUACGGGAGUGAUCGUGCUGGAUUAUUUGUUAAGCCAGGGUUGCCUGCCUCAUAUCCAUCAUGCUGUUUACAAAAUUCGUGCUUUUAAUCAAUUUAUACUGAGUGUAACUUUAGGGUUUCUACAAUUAAAUGCAUGCUCCCUAUUCUGCUUUAUUUUCUAGCCUGUUUUGCCUUUUUCAAAUUAUGUAGAUUUCUCUUUUGUACAAUGAAAAUUUCACUCUGACUUUUACUAAACAUACUGUCAGAAUGAUCAUUGAUCUUAUUCCCUUUUUUAUGUAUUUGUAUUUUGGCCUAUGAAUGUAAUAAUACUGAUGUCGGUGAUGCUAUAACUUGCACUGUUUUGCAUUAUGUCAGCCCUUUUUAGGGGAGUAAAAAAGCCCUACUGUGUUUUUAAAGAAGAUCAAGUAUAAGCACAGUAGUGAAGUAGAGAAACACACUGCAUGUUUUCAUGGCUCUUUUAUGUAUUGUGGUGGGUUAUUGUUCUAGAUUGGACUGUUAAAUACUAUGUUUGAGGCUGGGUUGUCAUUUUUAUAACUGUCUUGGUGUUUUAUCGGCAUUAUUUAUUACUUUUGAUAUACGGAAUGAGCUGCAUGCAUUUAUAGAGCAAUAAGAGGAUGUAUUUAAUGUGCCUUGUUUUUAACGGAAUAAGUACUGAAAGCAUGAAUCAAUAAAACUGAUUAAAAUGGUC